AUGUUGGAUACCUUCCCAUAUGACUUCUUCGCUGCAUCCGGCCAGGUCUUUGCCGCGGAGCAGAAGCUGAUCCAGGAGAAGAUCAGGGCGAGGGAAGCAACCGGCUGGCGAGGCAAGCGCCAGCGCUUUUCUCUCGCCUUCUCCGGCGGUGGUAUUCGCGCCGCCGCAUUUCA